ACGAAUCUUCGCAAUUUCCGUCUCUACGAUCUGAAACCCUAGCAGACAACGCGACGCAGGGAAGAAGAAGAAGAAGAGAUCGCACCUUGAGAAAUGGGGAAGCAGCCCGUGAAGUUGAAGGCCGUCGUCUACGCGCUUUCUCCGUUCCAGCAGAAGGUGAUGCCUGGUCUAUGGAAGGACCUUCCCGGCAAGAUCCACCACAAGAUCUCCGAGAACUGGAUCAGCGCAUCCCUAUUGCUCGGCCCUCUCAUCGGUGUCCACUUGUAUGUGAAGCAAUACCAGGAACAUGAAAAGUUGUCUCACAGAUACUGAUGGCUGAAGCUGUGAACCUUCUUCGUUGAUGUUGAAAUUCCCAAUUUUUUUAAAAAUAAAAAAUAUUACCUGGAAAUAAGUUGAGAACUAUGGUUUUUAUUCUGUCUGUCUACAACAAUUGAUCAUCCCGUGCAAGAUUUCUUUUACAAGUUUUUAUGUGUUUUUCAAGUUUUAUACUCUACUUUUUAUGGGUUUUAUUGGGUUGUCGCACAUUGUUCGUAUGAAGUAACACCAUAGUGGAUAAUUAAUGUUAGAUUUAUUG